CCAGCCACGUCUCCACCGCCACCGUCUCCGCCACCUCCACCGCCAUCACCUCCGUCGUUUCUUCAUAACUCUGGCCAGUCCGAGCCCAGGUCGACCUGUGCGUCGGAUAAUUCAGACUCUCUUGUCUUUGGCCUUGGAGACAAGAGUUUCACGUCCCUUCUGCCAGGUAGCUUGCCAAACGUCUUUUCAACUCUGCACAGCACGUCGGAUGGUACCGCCGUUCUGCCUUUGUUGCAGCCGCAUAUUUAAACUUUCUCGAUCCCACCGUAUCUCAAUGAUGUACGACGAUGGCUUCGAUACAUGGGCAGAACAGCAAAGGCCGGUCCGAUCUGGCGACGCCAUAUCUGGUAAACUUGCAGCGUUCAAAGCGCAAAUGGAUUCGUCUUUUUCUUUUCCUAAAGAAGAAGAAAGAGAAGAAAAGGUAGUAGAAGAAAACCUCAUGCUGAAUAGCCUUCUGCAUCGUGCCACAGGGAGCAGUCAUCGCAGACUGAGGUCUUGACAACGUGCUUGUUUGUCCAGUACCAUCAUGGUAUCCUUUCAGUAGUUCUUCCGCACCCGUGGCUUCCAUUGCCAACAUAACUUUACACGCAUUCGCAUCCUCCUUCUCCCCGUGCUUUUUUUUGACCUUCCUGUCACCUAGAACACAUUUCCUUUGAAGUUACUCUCAUGGACGUCAUUGCUCACGACGUCGUCUACUGCCUAGCUGAGCUCCAGUACGAGCAAGACGACAACACUGGCCAACGCUGGCCUGUCAUUCUGCCAGCCGGUAAACAACACGUCUUAAACUUCAGGACCGUGUGCAGAUCUUUUCGGGAUGCUUCUUGGAUUCCGUUCCGCGAAGUCCUCGCUGAGCGCAUAUUCUACCUGAACGAAGGCGAACUGGCUAUUCUGGACAGCAUCGCCCGCCAUCCGCGCCUUGGACCUCUUCUAACUACCGUCACCUUGGGCAGCCAGAUUUUCACGGAACAUGGCCUCGAAAUUCUCCAGAGCGGACUGCAGUCGCACCCAUUGUAUGCCAACCAGAAUGCCGUUGUAGAGUCGGCAUGGCAGACGGGUCUUGCUUCCAAAUGCAAUCUAUGUUACCACGAGCUCGUUCGCUUUAAAGAGCUGUACGAGGUGGAGUUGAGUCGGCAAGAGAAGUUUUGGUCUACCGGCGCUGCCGUAAAUGCUCUGAGCAAUUGUUUGUCCCGCCUUCCCAACCUUAGUUCAAUACGCAUUUAUCCGCGACCAUGCCAUGUUUCAUUUCAGGUCCGACCAGGAGGCAAAGAUGGAAAGCUUUUCUUCACCUCGUUACAGCACAACCAUCACUUUGUACGCCAUGGCGCCGUGAACAAUAUACGCUGCUAUGGCUGGAGGAACAUUGACCGUACGCUGAUCGCUCUCAGCAAGCUCACGGCUAGGUAUGUGUUUUGUCACCGUCCGCGUUACACAUCGAAAUUAGCGAACAGAGAAGGGAAGAACAUAGAUUCUAGCUUCAUUGCGACUUUCGACUAUCUACAGCAGACGUGCUUUGAGAGCUAAUCUGAUACAGCAAACUCGCUCUUCGAGACAUUCGUACUAGCAGUGUCAGUAAUGUGCGAUGGCCAAUCUCUUCUAGUAUUUUCAGCAAUAUAAGCUUAUUUUCAAACCUUCGAACUCUUCAGUUGUCCAUUCGCGAGGAGACACUCGCUGACGACGAGGUAUAUGCUGUUCCCCGGUCUACGGAGACAGCUCACGCCUUCGCUCGAUGUCUGAUGGCAUCGAAACACCUCAAAUCACUAGAUCUAGAGAUUUCUUCCGUGGGCGAUGCAAUCUUCAACUCGUACGCUCUGUCGCACAUCUCUCAGCAGAGGCCCCCUUUUCAACUGGAACAUCUCGUUCUUGAAUACAACUGCCAAAGCGAGGAAACACUCACCAACUUUGUACGCCCGCACGCUAGGUCUCUCAAAAGACUCGUUCUGCUAAACAGCUGGCUUACUCACGGGACUUGGAGAGACUGGCUCAGCAAAAUGGCCGAUGCAGGAUUGAGAUUACAAUUCCUAGAGGUAUGGAAGCCAUGUCAGGAUGGCAGGGAAUACUUUCGACAACAGGGAGAUUGGUUUCCGCUCCGUCUCGUCAGUGCUGUUGCAACCAGUGGAAAAGUGGUUCCAUUCAUCGGUCACGAACAGUGGGAAAAUUGCUAUCCUAGAUACGAGUUGCGGUAGAGGAGAAUUUCAUCGACAAAAGCAGGGGACAGUGAACAGCUGAGCUUGCCCUUGUGCACUGUUCGUUCAGUAGAUGGUGAUAGAAAUGACAACUCCCUCUUCAUUAGCACAUGGACGCU